GGACAGGAGAGCGAGCGAGAGCAGUAGUGAAGGCAGAGAAGGAGGGGUUUGGUUAGCGGCGAGACUAACUACACCGCAGCAGGGCUGCGAGCGACCAGUCAGCGAGCAUUCCCUUAUCUACCAAUGGAAUGCAACAGCUGCAGCAGCCUGUGAGCGUGUGUGCUUUCAGUCAGCGUGUUUGUAAAAGGGGGAGGGGGGACGGUCAUGGUGGGCCAGCAGGAACCCCCUUGAAAGACCCCCAACUCUCAACCCCCCACGUUCUGUAGCAGCUGGGCUCCUGAAAGGCAGCUCAACCAAACGUAAGCGUGAGAGACACAGAGAGAGCGAGAGGCUCGACAGGGCAACACACUCCGAGACAGAGGGAGAGAGAGAGAGAGAGCAGAAAGUAAGGGAAGUGGAGCAGGGAGCCUCGGAGGGGGGUUGAGGAGGUGAGCGAAGGGUGAAAAGGAAGAGAGGCGAGGGAGAGGGAAAGACAAAAGAGAGGGAGAACCAGAGUGGAGGGAGACCAGAGGGAAAUGGCUUCGGAGGAGACCGCUGGAGGAGCUCGCAAAGCCACCAAGAGCAAACUAUUUGAGUUCCUCGUCCACGGAGUGCGGCCUGGCAUGCCAUCAGGAGCACGAAUGCCUCAUCAGGGGGCCCCAAUGGGGCCUCCAGGGCCACCAUAUGUAGGAAACACCGCUGUCCGGCCUGGACUUACCAAUCAGAACAUGGAGGCCAGUCGCAAACGGCCCGCUCCUUCACAGCAGCAGAUGCAGCAGCAGGCCGUACAGAGUCGAAACAGGAAGAAGCCUGUGGGAUUUCCUGGACCAAAUGAGAUGCCAGGGAGGCAGAUGGACAUGAGAGAGGCCCAAUCAGAUCCCACACUCGGAUCAAAUGCCAAGAGGAGGAAGAUGGCUGAUAAGAUCCUUCCACAAAGGAUUCGUGAGCUUGUUCCGGAGUCACAGGCGUAUAUGGAUCUGUUGGCAUUCGAGCGCAAAUUAGACCAGACCAUAAUGCGCAAACGGGUGGACAUCCAAGAGGCACUUAAGAGACCCAUGAAGCAAAAGCGAAAACUGCGUCUCUACAUCUCCAACACGUUUAACCCUGCCAAGCCUGAUGCAGAGGACUCUGAAGGCAGCAUUGCAUCUUGGGAGCUUCGUGUGGAGGGCAAACUGCUGGAUGAUCCUGCUAAGAUGAAGAGGAAGUUCUCCUCAUUCUUCAAGAGUCUGGUGAUUGAGCUUGACAAAGACCUUUACGGCCCUGAUAACCAUUUGGUUGAGUGGCAUCGUACCGGAACCACUCAGGAGACAGACGGUUUCCAGGUGAAGAGGCCUGGAGAUGUUAACGUGCGCUGCACCCUGCUGUUAAUGCUGGAUUACCAGCCGCCUCAGUUUAAGCUUGAUCCGCGUCUGGCUCGUCUACUUGGGAUACACACACAGACUCGCUCCAGUAUCAUACAGGCCCUCUGGCAGUAUGUCAAAACCAACAAACUGCAGGACUCGCAUGACAAGGAGUACAUCAACUGUGACAAGUACUUCCAACAGAUCUUUGACUGUCCACGCCUGAAGUUCUCUGAAAUUCCACAGCGGCUCACCAACCUUCUACUGCCCCCAGACCCUAUUGUCAUCAACCACAUCAUUAGUGUCGACCCUAAUGAUCAAAAAAAGACAGCCUGCUAUGACAUUGAUGUAGAGGUGGAAGAUCCCCUUAAAGCACAAAUGAGCAGCUUCCUGCUCUCCACAGCCAAUCAGCAAGAGAUCGCCUCUUUGGACAACAAGAUCCAUGAGACUAUUGAGUCCAUUAAUCAGCUGAAGAUUCAGAGAGAUUUCAUGCUCAGCUUCUCCAGAGAUCCCAAAGGCUACAUUCAGGACUGGCUCAAAUCCCAGAGCAGAGAUCUGAAGCUGAUGACAGAUGUUGUUGGGAACCCAGAGGAAGAGAGGAGAGCAGAGUUUUAUCAUCAGCCUUGGUCUCAGGAGGCUGUCAGCCGUUACUUCUACUGCAAGAUUCAGCAGAGGAGGCAGGAGCUGGAGCAGGCCUUGGCCCUGAGGAACACCUAGAACCCACACCCACCACGUUCAGACAACACGGCUCCUUUGUGACAACACUGCCUCCAUGUGGAGGUCCCUGCAUUAUUGUCCACAGUGAAUGAGGGUUUGUGUGCGUGUCCAGUCAUCGUUGUUUUCACUCUGACCUACAAUCUACUGUACUGGACCUAUCACACCCUGUUACUCCAACAGCCACUGCAGCUCCAUUGUACAGUUUGUGCAUUUCAGCCAAUCACAGUGUUGUGUCUUCCAUUCCGGGAGGAAGUCAUCUUACAAUGCAUUCUUUGGAUUUCUGUUGUUUAAUACCACUCACGUCCACCAGUAUUUUGAACGUGAUGACUUCAGAGCCGGCUCAAUCCCAUUGACUGUGGAUCCAAAUGUUGAUGCAGUUUUGAUUCAGCCUUCCUUCCUCAAUCAUCAAUUCCUGGUUUUCACACACAAUUUCCAUGUGAUAAACGUGUUUUUGGUGAGGUAUUGA